CUUUGCAUCUAUCUCGCGCGGAUUACACGCAGAAGUGGUGCUCGUCUACUGUUCUCCAUAACAACGAGAGAAAGAGAGGAACCUAACCGGCGUAUGUACGCAUGGCUAGUCAAGAAAAUCGGGACCGGCUUGCUGCAGUGCGGAGUGACUAGUGGCACGACGACGAUGAUGCUGUUGCGCUCGCUGCGCUGCCUCCUGUUGCUCGGCUGUGCUCUCUGCCUCGUCGGGCUGUUCGUCGUCGCGAUUCUCGGAACCGGGAACGUGCCUACCGUGGUAAGGAAUAUCGCAUCAUCGGAGGACCUACUGACGCCGCGGAGGACGGAAGAUCAGCUGUCCGUGGAAGAAUUCGAGUGGCAAAAGCGACGGUUCAGGAAUGACUCGACGCCGCUGGCUAAUUGGCUUUUGUCGCAAGAAGACAGUCCGGCGCCGCCAAAGACUGCCAACAGAUCUAACCCUUUUAUUAUACUCGUGUGGGAGUAUGGAUCUUUUCUCGAGAGACGGCAUCUCAGGCGAUUUUCCCUGAACAAAGUGUAUUCGGCUUGGGAAGACUGUUCGGUAAAAAACUGUCUCCUAACGUACGAACGCAAGGAGCUUGACAUGGCAGAUGCGGUAAUAUUCCACCUGCAUCGAACGCGAGGAGUAAAAUCUCUGCCCGAGCGUCAAAAUCUGCAACAACGAUGGAUUUUUCUGACAGAUGAGUCGCCGAUCAAUACUUUCUUAGUACAGCCUCAGAAGCUUUCGAACUACGACGGUAUUUUUAAUUGGUCCAUGACCUAUCGGAUGGAUAGCGAUGUUCCUGUACCUUACGGCAGGACUAUUCUCAAGCGAACCUUGUCUCGCAGAGACGUAAGCGAGGAGACUAUGGAUUAUAAUGAGAUAGAUUCUCUGGAGGAGAGAGAGGCUAAUAGAAAAUUAGUCGCGAUCCUCGGCAGUAAUUGUUCGGGCAAUAAUAAUCGCUGGCAUUAUGUUAAGGAGCUCAAGAGCGUUUUGGGUUUCGGCUUUCUUCAUAGCUGUAGUUAUCUCGAUAAGCUUACUUACAUCGGCUGCAUCGAAGUUUCAAAUUUAAUCGUUAUCAGUUUAGAUGAUCAAAAACUGCUGUCACUAUCGCGAAUAUCAUUGGUGCUCCUUAAGUUUGGGAAAAACCACAUUUGAUAACUCAUAUAGAUAAAACAUUAGCUCAUA